AUGGACGACGACUCGCUGAUUGCCAUCGUCGCAUUUUGCAGCGUCGGGCUGUCCUGGGUGCUUGUCUGCUGCGCCGCCUGCUGCUGUAGUGGACUGGAGGCGGCCGCGGGCCGAAGGAGGAGCGACACGUCGCUGCUGUCGCCCAGGCCGCCGGUCGUCGCCGCCGCAGGUCCGAGUCGAAGGGAUGCGAGGCCGGAGCAGCAGCACGAGAGGACUGCGGCGCCUAUGCCGGAGCCCGUCGUUGCGGGGAAGCCGCAGCUGGGGCACUUCAUGUACUCCGCGGCGGAGGAGGGCGGAGUGAGGGGGGCGUCAGAGAAGGCUUGUGCGAUCUGCCUGGACGAGCUGGUGGACGGGAUGGAGUGCAGCAAGGUGCCGGCGUGCGGGCACGUGUACUGCCGGGAGUGCAUCGCGCUGUGGAUGAGGAGCCGGAGCACCUGCCCGCUGUGCAGGGAGCUCAUCGUGCCGGGGUCUGAGCCGCUUUCGGCAGCCGAAGCAAUGGUCUAG